CUAGGCGGAGCUGUUGGGAAUUAUUACACUUGUUAUUGCAGCCUGCUGCGCACAUCCAUGUAACUGGACACAGCGCCUCUUUAGUCAGUGUGUAAGGGAAAGGCAUGCAGCGACGCCACGGAUAAGUCCAUCUGCCGUCAGGUCACAGAGAAGAUGGCGGGGCAAGGACAGAAGACACGGGCUGCUAAAAAUCGAGAAAAAAGACCCUCAAGCCGCAAACGCUUAAAAAAGGGGGAGGUCCAAGAUGCAGUCUGGAACCCCAAGAGAAGAAAGAGGGAGGUAGAGAAAAAGAAAGCUGAUAUGCCAAGUACAGAGGAGGAGGAGGGAGGCACAUUAGAAAGUCCCCAAAUAAGGAAGAAUUCCAAAAAAUUUGUGGGGGCACAUGUGUCUAUACAGGGUGGCAUAUGGAACGCGGUGCUAGUGGCCAGGCAGAUUGGGGCCAGUGCCAUAGGUAUGUUUUUGGGGUCACAGAGGACCUGGAAAAGCAAGGCUCUUGAUGACAAGGCAGCUGAACGGUUCCAAAGAACCUGCAAAGAGCUAGGAUUCAAGUCUCGCUAUAUCUUGCCACAUAGUCCCUAUUUGAUGAAUUUGGGCUCUCCUAAACCAGAUGUGCUUCAGAAGAGUCAAGCUAUGCUUGUGGAUGAGUUGCACAAGUGCCACCAGCUGGGUCUUACAAUGUACAAUAUCCACCCUGGGUCCUGUGUUGGUGCUAUGUCUGUCAGCAAGUGUCUGGAGCUCAUUGCUGAUGGUAUCAACCUUGCCCACGCUCAGGUUCCAGGGGUCAUUGUGGUCUUGGAGAAUAUGAGCUGUCAGGGUAGUACAGUUGGUGGUCGAUUUGAGGAGCUGCGUGGAAUUAUAGACCUUGUUGUGGAUAAAUCCCGCAUUGGAGUGUGCCUUGAUACAUGUCAUGCUUUUGCUGCAGGUCAUGAUCUCUCAAAGAAGGCUGGACUUGAGCACAUGCUGGAUGAAUUUAAUAAAGUUGUUGGCCUUUCCUUCCUUAAGGCCAUACACCUAAAUGAUUCCCAAGGUGCCUGUCCUUCUCUUAUGAUCACAGGAGAGCUUGGCUGCAAGCUGGAUCGUCAUGAAAACAUUGGGCACGGUCACAUUGGGUUAGAAGGUUUCAGGCAUGUGAUGAAUGAGCCAAGAUUUAAUGGUAUUCCCAUGAUACUUGAGACUCCCCUCAGCUCAGAUGACCAUGCAAAGGAGAUAGAACUGCUGUAUUCUCUGUGUGCAAAAGGUCAAAGAGCAACAAAGCCCAAGAGAAAGCGCUGAUCCCAUCAGUCUCUUACUGCUGCUCAGGGCUUCCAACCCAAAUAUGUUACAUUAGUUUAUGGUUGGGCAGUCCCAUUGGCUCAAAACAUAGUCUUGGUUGUAUGCAUGAUAUUGGCUGGUCAGUCAGUUAUACAGUGAUGGUUAGUACCUGUUAUAGAGGCUAUAUACAAAUGGGAGAGGGGCCUAAAUUGUUCCUAGUUGUUGAUAAGAAAAAAAAAGUUAACAGUUGAAAAAGAGCCUGAAAUGGGUUGGAUCACACCCAGAUCUAACCUGCCUCAUGCUGCCAUAUUAAGUAGUUCUGUACUUAUGAACCUAUAUAAAGGAUAAGUAAACCUUAAAAAAGUUUAAAACAAUUAAACAUUGCUCAGGGCUUUUGUAACCACCCAUUUCUAAGCUACUAAGCUAUUUAUUAACUGCUAAUGUAAUGAAUCUUAGUAACAGUAGUGCCACCUGCUGGUUAGUUCCUGUGACUGUAUGGUCAGAGAGAUAUUUUCAAAGGUAAAAAAGAGAACUCUUCUGAUGUUGCUCUGCUCAGGAAACCAAUCAUAAACCUCAGGUGACUUUUCCAAUUUCUAUCCUGAGCAGAGCAACAUCAGAAAGGUAUCUGUUUUACUUCUGAACUUGUAUCUCUCCGACCAUCCAGUCAGAGGAACUAGCCAGCAGUUGUCACUGUUGUUACAAAGGUCAUUAUCUUGGCAAUUAACGGGGAUCUAAAGGCAAAAAAUAAAAUCCCCUUUUCAGGCUCCUUUCUUAUAAAGAAACCUUUCUCUAAUAUACUUUUAUUAACAAAAAUCUGUUGCAUUUUUAUAAAAACAAAAAUUGUCUGGAUUUGAGGUGCCUGUAGAUGCAAAGAGAGCAAUUUGAAUCAACAUUUAUGCCCUGAAAUAUAUGGCCACAAAAACAUUCCAUUAAAGCAGAGCAUUCUGUCAUAUUGUUGCUACAUAAAGGGUUAAGGUGGAGUUGUGGCAUUUCCAUACAAAGGUGGGAAUUUAGAUCAGUAAGGAGAUGUAUCUGGAGGCUGAGCAUUACUUGGGGACCCCCGGUGCUCCUGUGCUGUGCCUUUGCUUUGCACUUGUUCCUUUGUAUCCAGUCUGCAUUCUGCCUAUUCAGUGUCGAGCUGUUCCUGCAAUGCUAUCGUUAUACAGUAUAGUGCAAAGUUCAAUAUACCGUAUGUUUAUAAAAUUUGAAGUGUAAAUUGUUUAGUUGUGUUAAUCUUUAGGUUGUAAAAAUUAAAGAUUUGACAAGAACUCA